CGAAAACAGACAGGCGACUGCUUAACAAUUUGUGCAUCUGCAACCCUGACUGUCAACUGCAAUAUUUGUGGAAAAAAAGACAACAAAAUUUUAGCUAUCAAGCCAUUGAAAUAAACUGUAAAUACUUUGUUCAAUAAAAACUUUGGAGUAGUGUUUAAGCAAAAGGAAUAAUAAUUGAAAGUGUUGCAGCAUAUUCUGUAAUAAUAUGGCAAAUGCGUUAAAACAGAUAUACUAUUACCUGUUGUGUUGAAAGAGAAAAGGAACUGUGACGCAGCGCAAAGGUAGCUGGUAGUGUUAGUUGUGGUUUUUGUGGACGACUAUGUUAUGGCAUCUAUGUCCAGAACGUCGUCCGAUGAAAGCAUCAACGCACCUAAUUUGAGAUUUCACGUGUCUAGUUCAAGUGAGGAUGUUUACAGGGAUUCUGCCAGUCGCACAAACCCAGAAGACAUACUGGGUUUAAGGUAUCGGUGCCCACUGUGCACCAAAUCACAGCACCAGCAUAAUUUCCACUGCUGUUCAUGUGUUCGCAAUGGCAAUAUUGUUCACAGUAAUGUUGCUGGUUGUACACAAAAGGAAAAUUUAUUCGAGAAACAACAAAAAUAUAUUAAAACAAAAGGUGGUCUCAAGGAUUUGAAUAAUCGCUAUGAAAAGUAUAUGCGAGAGCAACGUUCCAGCGAAAACUUGCAAUGUGAGAUUAAGCAGAAGAAGAAAAGGAUUCAACUGCUUAAUAGAUUAGUAUCAGAGAAGCAAAUGUUUUUGACGAAGCGAAAAGAGCAAAAGGAUCAGUUGUCUAAAGUAAAUUUCGACAAGCGUAAACAGUUGCCUAAUUAUCCUAUAAAGGUAAAAGCUUUAGGUGACUAUGUCUUCGAUAGAUAUGAGAAGAUCAAUAAAUUGCGGGAACGGUAUACUGGUCUAUUGGAUAAGGUGCAGCAAGUAACACGACACGAUAUAAAUGAACUUGUUAAAUACGUAUUUCCGAUUUCGGAAGUUGUGUUGAAAAAUGAGAAGCGCUUUAAUACCGUGGUCACUGGAAAAAAUGAUUGUGAAACUAUGGAGCAAUUGGCAGAUGCCAAGAAUACCUCCUAUAUACGCGGUAAAUGGGUAUUUCACGGUAGUGGAAUAAGCGAGAUGCAAUAUCUUAUUGUAGCGCCUUCACUGCCCGCUAAUGGCGAUUAUACAGCUUACUUAGAUUGGUUAUCCGAUAACAAGGACGAUGUACCGAAGAAUGAAGGUAAUCAAGUUGCACCGAGUCGCACCAGCGCAUUCCGCAUCAUUGGCGCACUUACGUACACAACGCAACUGACAGAGCUUCUGAGUUUCUACCUGAAUGUGCGAUUGCCGUUUAAAGUGUCGUAUAGUGACUUUUGCCGUAAACUCAACGAAGAGCAAUUUUUGCGCAAAGUAUCGCGUUUAAAUUCAAAUAUCAUGUACCUCGCUUAUACACAACAGGUGCAAUUACGAAACCUGAAUGAAAAUCACACAUUGGAAAACAUUUUGGCCAUUUUGGAUGUAGAGAAGAGCAAUUUAGGACGCCAUGGAUUCUAUGAAAUAUCGAAUGCACCUUUAAUGAAAUCGGUGGAUUCUUUGCUUAAGGGUAUUGAAACGGCGACUGAAUCAGAAUCGGAAGAUGAAAAUUCUUUACGCUCGGGUUGGGAGGCAGUACCGAAUUUCCCAAAUGAGCAAGAUAUUGAUGAUUCGGAUUUAGUCAGGAACGUCGCUGCACAACAAUCAAGCCUUGCGGGGGGCUUAUUAACUUCUGCAGCAAAUCGAAUAACCGAAAUAUUUGGAUGGCGCAGAUAGGACUUAAAUGGUUUUUAGGGUUAAUCAUGUCUACUUUUUAAUAACAAAGGAAAAAAUUAACCUUAAUUACGAACAUGGAUACGAAAAGGUAUCCAGAUAUAUUUUUGUCUUUGCAUACACGUACCUACACUCCUACAACACUUACAUAUAUACAUACAUGACUAAAGCUAAAUAUAAUUGAUGAAAAUUUAUGUACCAAACAA